GGAAACUGUCGCUGUUUAUUCGCGCUUCGACCACAAGCACUCUCCUUAUACCCUCUUUGCACCAUGAACGCCUCUCAGGAGAACGUCGCGACUGCCUCUCGGCCUUCGCAACCAGCCCAUGCUGACCAUGAUCGCGCGUCGUUGCUGGACGUUCCAGCAGACGACAAGGCAGAAACUUCCUCACUCAUUCCACUCCCCGAGAUCCCCUCUACCGAUACCCUGGACCUCAACUUUACUUUCAGCUCCAUCAUCGGUCCACCAUCUCCUGCGACGGAGAAGGUGCAGAAGCGGGCGUCGAACGUCUUGAAGCUCGCGGAGGAGAACGAGAAACUGAAGGAGGAGCUGCGUGCGAUGUCAGAGCGAUUGGAGGCUGCAGAGCGUCGGCGGGCAGAGCUGGACAUGAAGAGGCGGGCUCAGCAACAGAGGCCUCCGGGUGCAGCAUGACGACGUUCUCUCCUCAUUCGCUCUUUCGUGGGUUUCUGCCGCAGGAGGAGCUACUUCACAUCGGGCGGGCUUCACGUAUGGAUGGUCCCUCGCAGGGCCUUAUUUAUACCACUGCAUCCAAUAUUGUUCUCUGUAUAUAUGAUACCCUGUCGCUGAGGACAUCCAGCCGUCGCGAGCCACCCAAAAGCAUACUUCGAGAAUAUACCGAC